AUGGUUAAAAGCGUCCAUGACUUCAAUGAGGAGAAAAGGCUGCUGCACCAGACUGGCCCUGCGAUGUCCCCCAGGAAGUCCACACUCUCCAGCUCUCUGCACAAAGACCUUAAUAUAGGGCUGCCCGAUGUUGUACUGAAGGGCACUGCUGACAGCAAGAAAACAUUGGGCCAGACCUCAGGAUGCUGGACAGUGUCCAGGCAGCUCCCACCUUAUUCACUCCAUGACUUUGGGCAAACUCUUCCCCUCUGCAAUCUUCAGUUUCCUCAUCUGGAAAAUGAUGGACUGUACCAGCUUCCUGGGUUGAGCUCCUCUGAGGAUGAGAGCCUUUCUUCCAUGACCAGACGGACGUCCCUGACAAGGGUCCUAAAGCACAGCACCCCAGAGGGAGCUGCCCCCAGCUGGCACUCAGAGCUACUGGGCGAUGUCCCCUCACACCAGGAAGGGGGCUCUGCAGGCGGGUCCCCACUGCCUGUACGCUCCCCCUGGGACCUCCCUUCGUCCCCGGGAGAGUUCAGCCCCAAGGUCCCCCCCAGAAAGAGGCGGCUUUCCACCAUCCGGGCCUCUGAGGUGUCCAGUGGGCAGCUAGGAUCCAACUCGGACCCCUUUGCUCUUGAGGAAGAUCCGCCCGUGCCAGCCUCGGUCACCCGGCGGCGGCGGCGGCGGCAGCAGCAGCAGCAGCAGCAGGGCAGGCCCCCCAGAGCAAGGAGAUCGCCACCAAACUUGGGAUUGCCCGGGAUCCGGAACACAGCCAGGAGGAGGCCACGGGACCUGAAGAGGCUGGCUGCUGCGACAGAGCGGCUGAGGCAGUGGGAGAUCCAGCUGCUUCAGAACAUCGAGGAGGCCACCCAGCAUGAACUCACCAUCGAAGACGACUGA